AAAGCAUACAUCGGGUGGGCGCGAGAGCCGGAGUGGCAGAUUGGGCUGUUGCAGUAGGGAGAAAGAUGGCGAAGAUGAGAGUGAUCAGUGCCGCCGCCAGCCACCAUUGAAACCCUCGCAACUUCCAUCAUUAUCUUUUCCUCUCUCUCUCUCUGUCUAUCUUUUUCCCCUCAGAGUCAUAGAGAGAGAAACCCUAUCUCAAAAAACGUGGAUAGAAGGCCUUGCCACUUUGCUCCAUAAAUAUACGACUAUAUUUUCCCAAGAAAAAGAGAAAGAAAAUGAAAAUUUUCAGGGUUCUCAGUCGACGCCCAUUCUUCACCUGUAGAGAAACCCCCAUCUCCGCAACUGGUACAGUCCUAAGCAAGCUAAGAUUCUAUCGAUGCUUCUCUGCAAUCUCGGAUGACUCAGAAUUGAAGGAUUUCAUGGAAUACUUGGACAAUCUGAAGAAUUACGAGAAGUCCGGCGUCCCCAAAGGCGCAGGUACGGAUUCGAAAGAUGGAUUCGAUCUCUCAAGGAUGAGACGAUUGAUGGAACUACUUGGAAACCCCCAAUCUAAGUUCAAGGCCGUUCACAUUGCUGGGACUAAAGGAAAAGGAUCAACUGCUGCAUUCCUCUCCAAUAUUUUACGAGCAGAAGGUUAUUCUGUUGGUUGUUAUACUAGCCCACAUAUUCAGACUAUCAGGGAACGUAUAUUGGUGGGAAGAUCUAGUGAGCCAGUUGCAGUGAAGGCAUUGAAUUCUCUGUUCCAAAGGAUUAAAAAUGACCUUGACCAGGCCAUGGAACUUGAAAAUGGGUGUCUCAGUCAUUUUGAGGUUUUCACUGCUAUAGCAUUCAGCUUAUUUGCUCAAGAGAAAGUUGAUAUUGCAGUUAUUGAGGCUGGAUUGGGUGGGGCACGGGAUGCUACAAACAUUAUUUCUAGCUCUGGGCUUGCUGUUUCAGUCAUAACUACGGUUGGUGCCGAACAUCUGGCUGCACUUGGGGGUUCUUUGGAAAGCAUUGCGAUAGCAAAAUCAGGAAUAAUUAAACAUGGCCGUCCAGUGGUGCUAGGUGGGCCAUUCCUUCCACAUAUUGAGCAUAUUCUUCGUGAUAAAGCAUGUUCUAUGUCUUCGACUGUAGUAUCUGCAUGUGAUCCUGGAAAUAGAAGUGCAAUAAAGGGCUUGAGCGAUUUAUAUGGCAAGCGUUACCAAUCUUGUGAUAUAGUAAUUCAAAUUGAAGACUUUCAACAGUUCAUUGAAUUGUUUGAUGUAAAACUCUCAAUGCUUGGAUCUCACCAACUCCAAAAUGCUGCAACUGCCACUUGUGCGUCUCUUUGCCUUCGUGAUCAAGGUUGGACAAUUUCAGAUGUAUCCAUUCGCUCUGGUUUAGAGCAAACAUAUUUGCUUGGGAGAAGUCAGUUUUUAAAAUCAAAGGAAGCUGAGGCACUAGGCCUGUCUGGAGCAACUAUAUUAAUUGAUGGAGCACAUACCAAGGACUCUGCCAAAGCUUUGGCUGAUACAAUUCAGAUGACAUUUCCGAAGGCAAAAUUGGUUCUUGUGGUUGCAAUGGCAAGUGACAAAGACCAUUUGGGUUUUGCCAGAGAACUACUGUCAGUGAAAAAAUUGGAGGCGAUCUUUCUGACAGAAGUGGACAUUGCUGGAGACAAGGCUCGAAUGACUCCAGCAUCAUUAUUAAAGGAUAGUUGGAUCCAGGCUUCUAAAGAAGCGGGCAUUAAUAUUCUCGACUAUGGAGUUACAGUCUGCCGGAAGUUAUUGGAGGAUCAAUCGGUUCACUCUGCAAACGAACUGGAAAGCAAAACCAUACUAUCUGCUGAGAUGUCAUUAAUGGACGCCAUGAGGGUCGGUAAUAAAAUUCUCAGAGCAAGAACAGCAGGGGAUGAUCAAUCUGGUAUCAUCGUAGUUACUGGAUCUCUGCAUAUUGUCUCAUCAGUGUUGGGGCUUAUUCAAGGAUAAAUUGUUGUCUACUUCUCAAGUUUCAUGUAUUUUUAUUUUAUAAUAUAGUGACUGCCUUUUUUUAAUCUAUGGAUAGUGAAGUAGAAAUUGAAAGAUUUUGUGGAAAUUGUUUGUGUGGGACAUUUCUCAAAAAGCCUAACCAUAUGCUCUCUCA